UUUAUACAUUUAAAUUUGGUGAGAAACUAAAAACAAGAAUCGAUCAAAGUUAAUUGCUAAAGUGAUCAACACUUCAUAAAUUUAGAACUGACUUUUCCAUCUUUGAUUAAUUUAAUCGAUUGAUUAUUCCAUUGGGGCGACCUUCACCGGUCUCCUGUUAACCUUAAUCGGCUGAUUAUCCCAUUGAUUAAUUGACCAAUCGCAUUUGUCAUUUUUGUUAACGACGAAAUGCGAUUAGUCAAUUCCAAUAGAGAUAAUUGGCCGAUUAAUACCCGAUUCCACCAACGUAGAUUAACUUUAAUCUCGGCUGUUCAGCUUACUCCUCAUCUUUUUCUAGUUCUAAGAAUUAGCCAAUAAAAAAAUUAAUAGAAAAGCAGCCCUAUGAAUAUACCGCCCUCAUUUACGAUUAAAUUUCUCCGAAUUGAAAAUCAGCAGGACAACGUUGGACAACAGAUGGCGACAAUGGCGGUGAGCGUGGCGGUACAUACAUACGCACAACGGAAUGAUUUCGCGACUCGACUGACGCACGCACGUACGCACGCAAGCGAGCUGGCGGAUAUUACGUGACGCGGUGCAACGCAAUCGGUGGGAACUCGUGACCGAGUCGAGGGAAAAACAGGACAUUCGACAUUCGUUCGGCGAGGGAGAGCAACGUGCCGUCGUCUACGCUUGGUCAUUCGCGCGUCGUUGUUAUAUAGGUUAUAACACGCACGCACGCGAGAGUCAGGUUUAACAAUCGACUGGAAGACAAAGAGCGAGCGAGAGAGCGAAUAGAGAUAAUUGCUAUCGCACAAUUAUCAUUAGUUAUGACAACCGUGGAGUCUGAUGAGAAACUGCCACAUGUGGUAUGGGACAGUACCUAUACAGCAGCUACCGAAGCAACAGGGUUCAUGUUCCCCCCUGGAUUAACACCAUUGGAAUGCCAAAUAGCUGGUCAUCCUUUUGAUGGUGAAAAACGCACUAUUGGUAUGUUGGUAUGCAGACGGACUGGUUAUGUACUGAAACCGGCGACUAAAGCAAUCCUUGGAGAAAGAGAAAUUGGUUUCUAUGAGAACUUGAAGACUUCUCAAGAUCCUAUCACAGAGCAACUAAAAAAAUUCGUUCCACAUUAUUAUGGCACGACGGAACUGCGAAUCUUUAAUAACCGUACAAAGUUCCUCAUGCUUAGAGAUAUUACAAAAGACAUGGCCGAACCAUGUGUAAUGGAUAUUAAGAUCGGUUAUCGCACAUGGGAUCCUUUAGCCACGCCAGAGAAGAGAAAAACGGAAGAACUCAAGUACGCCGAAUCGAAGCGUACUUAUGGUUUUUGUAUAACUGGUUAUCAAGUGUAUUCUCUCUCCACUGGACGAUUAAAGAAAUAUGACAGAGAUUAUGGCAAGCAGCUUGGUGUCCUAGGCGUUGUACAAGCGCUGGAAGAUUUCUUGAACGUAAGAUCUGGAGAGCCAGCCUGCCGGCAAUUGGUCUCCGAACUUUUAACAUACCUGUACCAAAUUGAGCGAUUCUUCAACAUACAGAAGAAAUAUCGCUUCUAUUCCAGCUCACUUUUGGUCGCCUACGAUGCCCGAUAUUUGCGACAGCACUGUCCAAUGUACGAAGGUCGCUUUAAUUUUAACGCGCAGAAACGCAUGUCCCUUAAAGAAAGCUGUAUCGAAAAUUUUUCUAUGAUAUCUCCUUUUACAUAUUUGUCUAAUUUGGAAGAGAUUAGACCGAGACUCAGAAAGAGCGCAAGCGGACCAGUACCGAUGCCAUGCGAACAAGUACUUCAGAACAAUUUGGAAGCCAAAGUGGAUCGGUUAUGUCGCUCCAGUCCGAGCAAGUUUUCACUUUUAAGCACACAUACUAUUAAGAAGAGGAAUGAUGAAAGCGCUCCAACGAGUAAAGAGUGCAAAUGGGUCAAAGUAAAAAUGAUUGACUUCACGCACGUCUUCCCGGGGGAUGACUAUGAUUUAGAUCGGAAUUAUCGAGAUGGCAUCGUGACGCUAAUCCAACUCUUAAGUAGGAUCAAGAAAACCGAUUGCUCGCAUUGAAAUUGUUUCCCUUAUCGAGGAAUGUAUUACUUGUGACGAUGUUCCCAGAACGGAGAAGAUAAAGACAAGAAUAUGUUGACGUGGCGAUAUGUCGUUCCUGUUAUCAGAUUUAGAUAUCAGAACGAUGUAUUGAGAGAAGAGGAUAUGAUAAAUUAAUAGCAGCAAAAUUUCUCGAUAACAAUCGUCAGGCUGAGAGGACACUAUUCACCAUGUGAAACUAUUGCCACAAUUCUUUCUAGAAGAGAAACUGAAACAUGAGGAUAGCAUUUCAUAUUAAUUAUAAAAGUUCGGAGAUAGCAAUUUGAUACAAAUUUGGAGCAAUAUGUUCAUAUUUCAGAGUUCAGAUUCCAAUAACGAUUACUCGAUACAGAAUGAAAAGGACCACGCGUGAACGAGGUUUCUUCGCAAGACUUGAAAUUGAGAGUCUAAUUGGGAGCGUCAUCGAUUCUAAAAUGAAUUCCAGAAAAUGUCUUCUCUAAGUAAAAAUAAUUAAGACUUUUGUACUUUGCCAAAAGAGUCGUAAUGCGAAUAUAGAAUAUUCUAGAAAUUUCGUACUUGACUCUCCACUCUCUUUGCCGUGUGAAAGUUUUAAAAAUUUAGAGUCAGAUACAACAGAAAACAAGAAGAUGGAGAAUUUGCCUCACUCGAAAUAUUCGACAAGUGAUUUCAAGUAAUCUUCAUACUACGACGACAAUAAGUCGCAUUUUGUAAACUCAUGCCGUAAUGAUGAGAGAUACCGUCAUUAACUCUGCCAUAUUAUAUUUAUGUUACGCAUUACGUGAUAAAAGUGCAGAUUAUUGUAAUUGUAAUAGCAGCAAUAAAUCAUUACGAUAUA